AUGCCCAAGGUCAACAGCUACGCGCCGGCCUGGCUGUGCCGGCCCUCGCCUGGUGCCAGCCUCUUCACGAGCAAUGCCGACAAGAGCCCUGCGCAGGAACUACAGGAUAAAGCCAAGCCCUCCGCCGACCGCGGUGCGACCAGAACGAUCGCAAAGAGAGGAAACGAGAUAUUUGCGGUGGUCGACAAUGAGAUCCGCUGGUCCAACCUGGCGCGCCUGAAGGAUCAAUGGCAACAACAGGCCAGAAAGAAGAAAACCAAGGACCAGACGAAUGCCGCUUCUCCUCCAUCCUACCGAGUUCUGGCUGUGCCAGUUUAUGGACUCAUCAAACAAAUCCUUCCCUCCCCGAACGGCGCUUUUCUCGCAAUCGUCACCGAGCACACCGUUCACAUUGCCGUGUUGCCGGAUUCUUCCCAUCUAUCGUCAAGCGAUAAAGCCCCGAUUCGACUGAAGACAUACCAGCUUGGCCCGACCACCCAUGUCAUCCCGGAAUCACCAGUCGUGUCUGCAUUAUGGCACCCGCUGGGCCUGCAUACCAAUCUCGGUGGAUGCCUUGUCACAAUCACUGCGGAUGCUGCAGUGCGCGUUUGGGAGCUGGACCGCAACAACCACUGGUCUUUUGACCAGCCCACAUUGGCUGUUGAUCUUAAAAAGUUGGUCGAUGGCACCUCGUCCGAUCAGGACUUUGCGCCCUCCGGAUUCGGCAAGAGCAAGGGAUUCUCUGCGGAUGUCUUCGAUAUGGAGGUUGCAUCGGCUUGUUUCGCUGGCAAUGGAAAUGACAAGGAGGACGCCUGGGCACCCAUGACUCUGUGGGUUGCCAUGAAGCCUGGUGAUCUCUAUGCGCUAUGCCCAUUGCUGCCCUCAAAAUGGCAAGCACCUUCUGCAACCAUUCCCUCGCUCUCCUCGGCUAUCAUCCCGAAGAUGGCAGCUUUUGAGGAAGGGCCGGAGGACUUGGAGGAGGAGCUGAUCGCAUGCCGGCAACAAUAUGAAUGGCUGCGUGAGAUUGAUGAUCAGGAGCCUUUGAACCCUCCUACUGAUUCGGAUACGAUUCAGGGUGCGGAUGUGUUCGCUCGGCCAGCAAACCCAAGUGCCAUUCCGCGCAUGCAAGGACCCUUCAGGUUCGACACUGGAGAUGAGCUUGACGAUCUAGACCUUUGUGAUAUUUUGGUCAUCGCUGCUAGACUGAACGUUGAAGACCUGAUGAUGGGAGAAGACGAAGAGCUGGCCGUGGAAUCAAGCGAUCAGGACAAGCUGUCUGCAACAGUCAUCUGUCUAACCAGCGGCAACGGUCGAGUUCACAUUUGUCUAGAACUGGAUGGCGUCGAGGGUCAGUGGCUUCCCAAGGCUAGAAAGAAUGCCUUCCGGACUCCACUUUCUGAGCCCGCUGAUCUGGUCUUGGUUGAAUCCUUGGAUACCAUCAAAACAAACGGUACCGAGUCGGUCACUUGGCCUACUUUCACCAAGGACAUCCACUCCCGGUAUUCCUUCUUCGUGACGAACACGUCCAAUGUGGCGCACUUCUCCAUGUCGUCCUGGGUGCAAAGAUUAGAGUCGGAAUUGCAGGCCGAGGACACGACUGGCUCAGGCUUCCGGUUGCAGGUUAUAUGCAGUGGAAACGUUGCUCAGAGAGAAAGAAUCUUGCAGGUAUCAGAUGCGGAUAUCGCUUCUCAAAAGGAGCAUUUAGCUGCAUCUCUGGUAUUCCAUGACUUCGACCUGGGAUACCUUCUUCUCACCUAUCUUCCAUCCUGUCCGUAUGCUGCUGUCAUGGAUGCCCCGGAGGAUGCUUUCUCGACAACGAUGGAUCUUCGCACUUACGACCAAAACAAUAUUGCGGAGGCGUCCCCCAUGUUGGCCCCUCGCCGAGCUCCUUACCAAGUUCCGGCCAUCCUGUACGCAAAGUCUCCACUGGAAUCUUUCGUCGAGAAACACGUUCCGCACCGCCAGCGACACACCCUCAAAGAGCAGGUUCGCCUGUCACCAGCCACUCUCGACCUAGUCACCACGGCUCACCGUGUGCUCUCCGCUCACACAAAUGCGCUGGAACGAGCUGCUUCGGACUUAUUCCGCCGUUGCGAGAGACUGCAGGGUGAGAUGAAAGACCAGCUCAAGCAACUUUCCGAUGUUGCUGAGCGGAUCAAGGGCGUGACAAGUGAGAUUGGCGAGGACGGCAAUCGCAAGGAAGGCUCUCGCAAUGGCAACGCGCUUGACAAGAGACUGCAAGCUGCAAAGGACAGACAGACCGACCUUACACAGAGAUAUGAUGCGUUGCGCAAGAAGAUUCUCAACUCUGGUGGUCGGCCUCUGAGUGAGAAGGAGAAGGCUUGGGUAUCUGAGGUGGACGCUUUGGCUGAGUCCGUUGGCGAUUCCAAGCCCAGUGAGGCAGGCCAACAGCUAGCGCAGCGCCUGGAGACUGUCAAAGAUCUCGCCAACGACCUUCUGGCCGAAACCAAGACUCUCACAGCCAAGGCACCAUCGCCCAACGAGCCUGGAAGCCCUGCUUCUCCCAGUGGCGCACACCCCAAGGUGCCGCAGCGACUUCAACGUGCCAAGAUUGCUGAUGCGAUGAGAAUGGUGGAACGAGAGUCUGCGGUUAUCGAUGCGAUUACCGCUCGUCUCGAGCGCCUCAACACAAGCUUAUAA